AUGGCUCCAAAACGAUAUCCUACCCUCAGCGGCGCCCUUGUCGCCCUGCUGGGAGUUACUGGCAUUUAUGCGCGUCCAAGCCGGUGCAAGUCUCGGGCUGUCGGCGAUCCGCAGAUCCUAGCGGCGGACGAGGUCGAGGAGGAGUAUGACUACAUUAUUGUGGGUGGUGGAACUGCUGGGUUAACUGUUGCCGACCGAUUGACUGAGAGCGGAGAGCACACCGUCCUCGUCAUUGAGUGGGGAGCGUAUGACAACGGCACCUCCGUCAACACAAUCGCCGGCGGCGCAGGUGCCUUCGCCAACCAAAGCCACCUCUUCUCCUUCACAUCCGCGCCCCAAACCGGCCUCAACAACCGCACGACGGCCGUCAUCGGCGGCCUCAUGCUCGGCGGCAGCUCCGGCGUCAACGGCCUCCAGGUCCACCGCGGCCACAAGGACGACUAUAACCGCUGGAAUGCCUACUUCGGCGAGAGCAACGAUUCGGAUUGGAGUUGGGACGGGCUUCUGCCGUAUUUUAAGAAGGCGUGGCAUUUCCAUGCGCCAAAUGAGGAUACGGCUGAGGCUUUGGAUAUUAAAUAUGAUAAGAGCUAUUGGGGCGAGGCUGGCGAUGUUCAUGCCUCGUUCCCGACCUUUAACUGGCCUGGUUUGAGAGUUGAAAUGGAAGCCUUUGGUGAGAUCGAAGGCGUCGAAUUCCCUCCUGAUUCCGGAGCCGGUUCGCCUGGUGUGUAUUGGUACCCCACGUCGGCCGACCCUACAACAAUGGCUCGCUCGUUCUCUCGCACGGGUCACUACGACGGUAUCUCACGCGACAACUACAAGGUCCUUACCGGCCACAGGGUCCUCAACGUUGUCUUCGACGAGGACGACGCGGCCUCCGGCGUGAGGUACGUCGCCAAGGGUGCCAAGGGCGAUGCGGAUGCGCGAUCUGUGAGUGCUAGGAAGGAGGUUAUUCUCGCCGCGGGUACGAUCCACACGCCUCAGAUUCUUCAAGGUAGCGGUAUUGGUGCCGAAGAGCUUCUCAAGUCUGCUGGCAUCGAGGUCAGGGUUGACUUGCCUGGGGUUGGGUGGAACUUCCAGGACCAUCCCCUUGGUGGCGGUGCUUCGUUUGACUUGGCCGAUUUCCCCGUAUCUCCUCAACCCGGCGAUUUGCAGUCCAAUGCCUCGUUCAGGGAAGAGGCUCAGGCUGAGUUCUCCGAGUCUCGAUCAGGCCCUCUCACCAUCGCCUCCGGAAACGCCGCCUGCUUUCUCCCCCUCCCCGUCAUUGCCCCAUCCACCUUCGAAGAUAUUGCCAGCCGCUACGAAGCCCAAGACCCAGCGUCUCACCUCCCUCCCAACAGCCCCCCCACCAUCGUCGCGGGCUACUCAGCGCAGCAAAAGGCCAUGGCAGCAGCAAUGCGCUCCCACGGCUCAGCCUACUACAACCUAUUCCUCCGCGGCGGCGGGUCCGAAGGCGCCAUCGUCUUCCUGCACCCAGCGUCGCGCGGCACGGUGUACGUCAACCCAGCCGACCCAUACUUUUCCGAACCUGUCGUCGACUACCGCGCCAUGAGCAACCCCGUCGACGUGGACAUCGAGGUGGAGUUUGUCAAGUUUACGAGGAGGUACUUUACGGAGACGAGUAUGAGCGAGUAUGGUGCCCUGGAGAGUCGGCCGGGGGAGGGGGUGCAGAGCGAUGAGGAGAUUAGGGACUAUGUGAGAGCGAAUGUCAGUCCGUCGACAUUCCAUCCAGUGGGGACUUCGGCGAUGUUGCCGAGGGAGUUGGGGGGCGUAGUGGAUCAGGAGUUGAGGGUUUAUGGCGUGAAGAGGUUGAGCGUUGUUGAUGCUAGUGUUAUGCCGGAUUUACCGGGGGCUUAUACGCAGCAGACGGCGUUUGCUAUCGCUGAGAAGGCUGCCGACUUGAUCAAGGCUCGCGCAUAA